UUCUCCCCUCCCCCUUCUGUCAGUCUGUCUGUGGGCGUGGUCUGGGUCAACUCCCACUCUGUGUCUGACCCCUGUCUGCCGCUGUCCGGUCACAAAGACAGUGGAACCUGCACCGACGGAGGACAGCAGGGUCUGUACCAGUUCCUCAGGCCGUCCUCCUCCUCUUCCACUCCUCUUCCUCGCUCCGUUCCCGUCUCUAUGGACUACACCACCUUUGGAGGCGGAGCUCCGUUACCCAUCAUUCCUGACCAAUCAGAUGUAUCCAGUUCUCCUCAGUCCUUCCUCCAGUUUGUCGGAGGAAAAGCCUGUAAGUCGGAGUCUGGCUGCAGUGUGGCGGUGCGUCCUCCAGGUGGCGGCGGCGUGUUGGCGUACUGUCCAGACGGAGGCCGUAAAGACGUCCGCAACGCUGUGGAGGCAGCGCUCAAAGUCCAGCCUGGUUGGAUGAAGAAGAGUCCUUCUGCACGUGCUCAGACGCUCUACGCACUGGCCAAGGGCCUGGAGUCAAAGAGGCGGGACUUAGCCGUGUCCAUCAACUCCCAGACCGGUGUUUCAAUGGAGGAGGCGGAGAAGGAGGUGGAGCUAAGCGUGUCCAGGCUGAACGAGUGGGCAGCGUUCUGCCACCAGGUCCAAGGGGGAGGAGCUCUGCCCCUCCCACAGUCCGGCUCUGCUCUGUCCCUCCCUGAACCUCUGGGCGUCAUUGGGAUGCUCCUCCCUGACAGGAAGCCCCUCCUCUCUACGCUCACCGUCCUUGGGGCCGCCGUCGCCACCGGCAACGCUGUCGUCAUGGUGCCCAGUCAGAGUUACCCCCUGCCCAUACUCACAUUCAUUCAGGUCCUCCAGUCUUCAGACCUUCCUGCAGGUUUGGUGAACAUCAUAACUGGAAAUAAAGAUCAGCUGACAGCUGCUCUGGCCAAUCACAGCGUCAUCAAGGCCAUCUGGUACUGGGGCAGUGCACAGGGCUGCCAGUAUCUGCAGCACACGUGCACCAGUCCCCUGAAGACCCUGAGCCUGUUCUGCCAAAAGGAGACCGAGGGUCCAGAAGGAGGUCUGGACUGGACCAGGUCUGAGCCCACAUUCAUGGAGGAACUGUGGAGGAAGGCCGUCCAGUGGAAGAGUGUGUGGAUUCCAACAGCAUAAGAGGAGGACCAGGACAGGCCAGGACCAUGAAGGACCAAGACCACGAAAGACCAAGACCAGGAAGGACCAAGACCACGAAAGACCAAGACCAGGACAGACCAAGACCAGAAAAGACCAAGACCAUGAAAGAGAAAGACCAUGAUGGGCCGUCUAUUGGAAGAGUGGAAGACCAGGACAGACCAAGACCAUGAAGGACCAAGACCAGGAAAGACCAAGACGAGGAAAGAGGAAGACCAUACCCACAUGGACCCCAGUCUGUGGACUCGUCGAAUCCAGGUGUUUGUGUUCGCACUAAACAAUAAGGACUAAUGUCAGAAUACAGGUGAAUAUUAUGGGAUAGAUCUGAGUGCAUUGGUUGGUUUGGUUCAGUUCUUCUGUUUGUUUCUAAAGUGACUCUCAGAUGGUUUGGACUGAAUUUACUUCUACGUUCAUUUUCUUUGUUUCUCUGAUUUUACAUGUGCUUCCUCUAAAUUUCUAAAAUAUCUUUCGUUUGUCUUUGAUGAUCACCCAAAAAUUACCC